CUUCACAUCCCGAAUCCUCAGCAUCGGUUUGAAGGAAUAUCCACUAAAAUGCGUGAAUGCAUUUCCAUGCACGUUGGCCAAGCUGGUGCCCAGAUGGGCAAUGCAUGCUGGGAACUGUACUGCCUGGAACAUGGUAUCCAACCCGAUGGACAAAUGCCCAGUGACAAGACCAUCGGGGGAGGAGACGACUCCUUCAACACUUUUUUUAGUGAAACAGGAGCUGGGAAACAUGUCCCCCGUGCUGUAUUUGUGGACCUGGAACCUACUGUCAUUGAUGAGGUACGCACAGGUACUUAUCGGCAGCUGUUUCAUCCUGAGCAGCUCAUCACUGGCAAAGAAGAUGCUGCCAACAACUAUGCCCGCGGGCACUACACCAUCGGCAAGGAGAUCAUCGACCUGGUGCUGGACAGGACACGCAAGCUGGCUGACCAGUGCACCGGCCUCCAAGGUUUCCUCAUCUUCCACAGUUUUGGUGGGGGUGGAGAGUUUUCUGAAGCCCGUGAAGACAUGGCAGCCCUGGAGAAGGACUAUGAAGAGGUCGGCACCGACAGCGUGGGGGACGAAGAUGAAGAAGGAGAAGAAUACUAA